AUGGGGAAGACCACAGCCGAAGGAGGGGAUGGUGGACAUAGCAGUCAUAUACGGACGUUCCUACGGAUCCGACCCUCGAAGCGACCGUCGGGCUACAUCAAGGUCGACGAGUUCGACAAGACCAGGCUAGGCUUCCACGUGCCCGUAGAGACUAAGGACGGGGAGUACGUCAACAACACCCGCACGUCACACAAGUUCAAGUUCGAUGGGGUCCUAGGCGAGAAGGCCACUCAGGAGGACGUCUUCGCCAAGAUCGGAAAGGAGGCCGUAUCCAAUGUCCUGAAUGGAUACAAUUCAACAGUGUUUGCCUACGGACAGACCGGGUCGGGAAAGACGUUCACCGUCACUGGCGGAGCUGAGAGGCGAGCAACACGGUGUCCUUCGAAAGUGCGGACGCCAUACGUGGACCGCGGGAUUAUCCCUCGCGCUCUAAGCCUCAUAUUCGCGGAGUUCAAGGAGCGCAGCGACCAGCAGUUUACCUGUCACAUUUCUUACCUUGAGAUUUACAACGAACAGGGCUUCGACCUACUGGACCCGAGCCAUGACUCGAAAAAACUGGAAGACCUAGCCAAGGUGGCACUCUUGGAAGACGAGGACGGCAACAUACAUCUGAGGCUCUCCGCGCGUGUACCGUCUAUUCCUCGACCCCUACCCCGCCCCCGACGCCGCCGGGCGAAACGAACCACGACCGAACCGAUCCUGCCCCUCAGAAACCUGUCGGUCUACCUUGCGGCGAACGAGGAGGAAGCCUUGAACUAUCUUUUCUUGGGAGACACUAAUCGCGCCAUCUCGGAGACGGCCAUGAACAAGGCUUCCUCUCGCUCUCACUGCAUUUUUACGAUCUCGGUGGAGGGUCGCAAGCAUGGUUCUGACAAGGUCAUGCGCUCGAAGCUGCACCUGGUCGACCUGGCCGGAUCCGAGCGAGUGCACAAGACGCAGACGGGGGGGCAGACGCUCGUGGAGGCCAAGCACAUCAACGUAUCCCUCUUUUUCUUGGAGAUGGUGAUCGUGGCCCUGCGCGAGAGGGGCGCUAAGGGCAGGCGAGUACCUUACCGUGCUUGCUGUCCGUUGACCUCCUCGACCAAAACGGAUAUGACCACCCUCUUUCAAUGCACGACCACUAUCGUUCGGAACCUGAUGAAAUUCCAGGCGCAAACGGAAGAGUCCAUAUCGACGUGCCGGUUCGCCCAGCGAGUGUCGACGAUCAAGAACGACGCCAGAGUCAACGAGGACGUCGAUCCCGAGGUUCUGAUACGGAGGCUCAGGUCCGAUAACGCAGCCCUAAGCGACGAGGGGGAAACCGGCGAUGGCGAAGAGCUCACGUCUGAGGAGGCCGAAGAUCUCAAGAACAGGUGUCGCGCGUUUGUCGAAGAUCCCGCGCCGAGCGCACAGCUCAGCAUCGGGGCCUACACCCUCACCAAGCUCAAGCGCUGCUUCUCAGUGUUCAAGGCGAUGGUGCUCGACGGUGGGCGGGCGUUAAGCACCGGGGGCGCGCAUUCGAAAGGGCAUGAUGUGAUUGGAGAGGGUGGGCCUGCCGGAGCGAUGACGAAGCUAGGGGAAGGGACUACGGGCGAGCUUGGCGGACAGGGACAAAUCCUUCUGCCCGCCUCUACGCGCCUUUCUGGUGUACCCCGCUGCCUUGCCCACUUUUCGUCGCAUCAGCUGCUCUCGCUCCGAGACUCCCUGAGGCAGAGAGACAAUGAGAUCGCAAUCCUCGUCAACAUGCUCAAGCAGGGGAAAUGCCAUGCAUGCGCGGUAGCCCCCUCCUCAGCGACACCAGGAGCAACGACAGGAGGAGGGCUGCCACCAAACCGGCCGCACGACCCGGUAGGGGAGACUCAGCAACAUAGUCGGCGGAGCCCCCAGCCGGGAGCCGCAGCUGCGGGCGCCGCCGCCGCCGCCGCCAGUGGGGGGAAGUUGUUGGCCAACAGCGAGGGGGCAGGGCGGGUGGUAGUCGCGCCGAAUGGGACGGUUGGGGGGCGAGACGCUAGUGGACGGCAUAGGAGUGGUAGUGUCGGUGGAGUGGAGCGCCCGAGCGACGCCAGCGUGCUUGGAGGCCCUCAGAGGGCGUUCGAAUACUUCAGGGAGAGGUACUCGGGUAGGGUCGCGCUGGAGGAGAACAAGAAGCUUCUGGGGGAGAAGUACGCCAGGGCGAAGGCCAUGGGUGAGCGGGUCAAUCAGGCCCGCAGCACUAUCCAGUACCUGAAAAACACUAUCGAACAGGUUCGACGAGAGCGAGCCUUGGACGGCCUUAUGGAAGAGGGCAGUGUGGGUGGUAGCAAAGGGGACGACGAGGAUAGAAAUGACCGGCCGGAGGUAGGCUUGGGCGAGGAGGAAGACGAGGAAGAAACCAAGUGCAAAGCGGCGAUAGAGGUCGAGAAAAGGGUCUACCAGGGAAGCUUUCAGGAACUGAGGGAGCUCAAAUCCGAGAUAGAGCAUAUCCAACGCCUGCUACAAAAGUGCCGAUCAAAAAUGCAGGCAGAUUUCCAGGCAUGGUACGAACCGUUGGCUUGCUCUGUCGAAGAAAAAGACGGGGCGGUGGCCUCCGAAGGUAGUCACCUCCUCGGAGAAGGAGAGAAGAAGCCAACAGCCCAAAGUUUCUGCGGCGACGAUAACCCCCGGACGGCACAUCACCCCGCCCCUCAGGGCCACCGACAAGCCGUCGUCGGGAGGACAACGCGAGAGAGGCAAUGCGAGGAGUCAGUGGCCUUUGACGGGAGCGGGAAGGAUGAGGCCAACACCCCCACGAGAAGGCCGCGGCCUCCGGUGGACGCCUGGGGAACGCCCCCGGCCUCUACCAGCCAUCGGAGGGGGUCUCCGAUUUCCACGGCCACCGGGAGCGUUUCGGGCGGAGAUGGUGGCGCUAGCAACAGCGAGUCCGUCCCGACAAGCGGUGAUGGGAGAGGAGCAUGGCAUGGCGGCACGGGAGGAGGAGGACUGCUCCCACCACUCACUGGUGAGUUGACGCAACCUACGGCGAAGGAAGCGUGUUUGCAACCUGUGUGA